GCUGCUGGCUGAGGGCAGACGAGCGCGGCUGGGCUGCCGCUGCCGCUGCCGGCGGGGACCAGGGACACGGAGCCAGACAGAGACGCGGCUGGCACGCUCCCUGCUGCCCCACAGCCCAGGCCAACGGGCUGCCUGUAUGUGCCGCGGCUUGGCUCCGGGAGAGUCGGAGCCUGGCGGCCGUAUCCGCCCAAACCCAGCCGGAGACGCCGGCCAGCAUGGAGGAAGGGGUCGCUCGCGGGCAAGACAGGCAGGGGCUGGAACACCGCGACUUUCUCGGACUGGAUUAUCCAUCCUUGUAUAUGUGCAAACCCAAAAGAGGCAUGAAGAGAGAGGACAGCAAGGAAACCUACAAACUGCCACACAGAUUGAUAGAGAAAAAGCGGCGAGAUCGGAUUAACGAGUGCAUUGCUCAGCUGAAAGAUUUAUUACCCGAGCAUCUGAAAUUGACAACGCUGGGGCAUCUGGAGAAAGCGGUCAUCUUGGAAUUGACUUUAAAACACUUAAAAGCUCUGACAGCCUUAACGGAGCAACAGCAUCAGAAGAUCAUUGCUUUACAGAAUGGCGACCGGCCUCUGAAGUCUCCCCUGCAAUCUGACCUGGAUGCUUUCCACUCAGGAUUCCAGACAUGCACCAAAGAAGUCUUGCAGUACCUCUCCAAGCGUGAGAGCUGGACUCCCCGGGAGCAGCGAUACACUCAGCUCAUCAGCCACCUGCAUGCGGUUUGCACCCGGUUCUUGCCCAGCCCCCAGCUGCCAACCUCCAGGGUUUGUGGCCGCCAGGGACCCAUGUGCCCCACCUCCUUGGCCUCCCCUGGGCGGCAAGAGCAGGCUGGCCCCAAACUGGAGGGCCAGCCACACUGUGUGCCGGUCAUCCAGCGGACUCGUAACAGCAGCAGCAGCAGCAGCGCCCCUCACCACAGCAGUGGAGAGCUUGGGGAGAACGACACGGACACGGACAGUGGCUAUGGCGGGGAGGGGGAAGGUAGGCCGGAGGGUGAGAAGAGCCAGAGCCACAUGGUGGUCAAGCAGGAGCCCUCGGGGGGCGAGGCAUCCCCCACGGCCAAGAGGCUGAAGCUGGACCACCACAGCAGCAACAGCAGCCCUGCCUCUGGGAUGCCGAGCCCUGAACAAGCAGUGGCUGCCCUCUUGAGACUAGACCCAGCCCUGCUGAGCUCCCUGGCGUCCUUUGGUACUCUGGGGGCAGGCGGAGGCAGGGGUGGCGGAGGGGCCUUUGGCCAGCAACCAGCCGCUCCCUUCUGCCUGCCUUUCUACUUCAUCUCCCCGUUGGCAGCUGCCGCCUACAUGCAGCCCUUCCUGGACAAGAGCAACCUGGAGAAAUAUCUCUGUUUGGCCUCCGCUGUUUCCAUUCCUUUGAUCCACCCAGGAACUCCGGCUCAGGCUGCAGUGGCUGCUCCUGCAGCCACAGCAGCUGCCUUCCCCUGCCUCUCCCCAGUGUUGGCAUCAGCAGAGAAAGCCGGUCCCUCUUCCUCAACUCUCCUGUCUCCCGAGGUUGCGUCUCCUGCCCAGCACCUUCCUCACCCUUUCGCCUGCAGCCUUGGAGCAUUCAGCAUGGACGCAGAGCCCCCCUCCCAAGAGCAGCCUUUGCCACCUGGAAAGGAAAAGCUGUGAGGGUUCUGCACCCUAGGAAACGAGCCACACUGUUCAUGAUUCCUACUCAGGAGGAAAGAUUCGUCCCUUGUAAGAAUGGACAGCAAGCCUUUCCCCUCUCCAUGAAUGCUUUUAAAGGAGAACUGGACUAGGUGGGCCAUUUAUUAUCAGGGGAAAGAGGUGGUUUCUUCUCUCCCCCCCCCCCAUAACUUUUUAGAGAACUCCU